AUGGGGUACGAGUCACACUUCGAAGUUCCGGACAUCGACGAUUCGCUCUUGAGAGGCGUGGACGACUUGACCGAUUUAUUGUGUCCGGACUCGCACCCGGAGGAUUACACCAACCGCGUGAGGUUUGCGCACCAUCAUCAAGAAACCAAUCCGUUCCAACUGCACCAGUUUCAACCGGUACACGUUCCCGUACACGUACACGGCGCGACAUUUGCACCGGUACAAACCGGAUUACCGACGCCGGAGGAACGCGCGAGGCAAUCGGCGAAGGAGAUUAGACAGGCGAGAAAACAAGUUCGGUUAGCGGCGAAAGGGAAGCAGUUGUUACAGUUGAAGAGAAAGGCUGGCUCGGAAGGAGUGCAGUCGUUUGGAGGGGAAGCGAAGCCGACGAGUUCCACGUAUACGGAUAACCAGGAUUUACAAGUAGUUCCUGACGUGGAUACGAUCGGGAGAACGAACAACGCGCCGGCGACGAGUAGCGAAGGCCACUCGGGGUAUUUGGUGAAUAGCCAGGAACAGAACAAGGACACUACAACAACUUAUUUAGCACAUACAACAUCUGCACCGACGACAACGAGCAUCAUGCCGCCGAAAAAGAAGAACGAAGACUACGACGACGGUAAGGAAUUGCCGGCUAUGCCGACUGGGAACACCGCCGAGGAUGAACGAGAGCGCAAGCGCCUCAAGAGGUUGUUGCGCAACCGAGUUUCCGCGCAACACGCGAGAGAAAGAAAGAAGGCGUACAUGAAUUCUUUAGAGAACGCGGAAAGAGAGAGACAAUCGCGUUUGGACGAGUUAGAAAACAGAUGCAAGACUUUGGAGAAAGAGAAUGAAAUGCUCCGAGAAGUCAUCAAGACGUACACGCAAAAAGACCCGAGCGCCAAGUAA